CGGGAUGACCUUGCGGCUGGUGCUUCAGCAGUCUUUACCCCUCCGGUCAGCACAUUUGCCGACCAAUUCAGCAACAUAUCUAUUACUGAAAAGGAUGGUGAAGUUUUAACCACGCAGUGGGAGGAUUCCGCAACUCUUGCGGCACAACAGUGGCCCGGUCUUGGCCAGGACGGAGAUGGCGGAGGUGCUUCUGCGGGCCAAGGAAGACGUCGACGAACGGACGAUCGUGAGCGUCGCGCUCGUGAAUCUCCCAAGGAGCUAACGUGGGAGGAGCGCAUCCGGAAAGGCGCUGUUCAAAAGGAACGCGUAGAGCAGCGAGGUUUGGAAAGACCUGAGAGGAUUGAACGCGAUGGGCGUGACAACAUUUCUGGGAACGGGCGUCACAAAGGUCAACGUGGCGGUCGAUAUGGAGCACCUGCUAGAUCCGAACGCUCAGGAAGGGAACCAAUACUUUCUCCGGUAUUAGGGGAACGAGAUGGUAAUCCAUGCCGUAAUGGUCAAACGAUGAGAAUAGCGGGAGCACGAGGAAACCGUGCAGGAGACAGGCCUUCUCACUACGACACUGGGCCGCGAAUGGUGCCGUUGCGACCACCGCAGUAUUACAGUCACGGAGUUCCAUUGCUUAUGGCUCGUGGGGCGUACUAUCGCACGGGACCUCCUCCAGUUGUUUGUGUUCCGCAACAGGAUCAGCGUUUUCGAAACACAUGGCUCGAUGCUAAUCUUGGUAUUAACUACCCAUCCGUUCAAAUGGUCGAUUAUGCGUUUACUCCUUGCUGUGGUGGAUACCGUCCUCGGCCAAUUUCUAGUGGACGAAGCGGUUAUCGCUACCCAUCCAAGAAUCCCUAUAAGGAAGCUACGAAAGCACAUUCUAAUGAACAAGCUUCAUGUGAAGCAGAUCAUAACGAGAAGGCUCACGCUGCUGCUGAACAUGAUGAGUCUUUGAAAGCAGAUGAAGAAGAGACCUGGGAAUCCGAAAAUGAAGAGGAAAAACAAAAUCGUUGGACUAAUAAUAUGUAUUGGCCGUAUGAUAAGGAGAAACCUGAAAAAGAGAAUCCAUCAACCGAGGAGAAUCACACCACAGAUGAAAAUGAACAAAGUAAAGACUCCGAUAUCACGUCGAGUGAUUGUUUGAUUAUCGCUGCUGAUUUGUCGAUGUCGUAUAUUCCAUGUGUUUUGUCGUGUAAAUCUGUUGGUAUUUCUCUAGACUACACUUAUGGUUGUGCAGUCAUGUCCAUGGUUAUCACUGGUCCGCCGACAAUUCGAGCACAGAGUAUCAUUCCACGAGAGGAACGCCUGAAUUCACGUGAAGAUGUGGUACAUUGUGGACAACUUCUGUCUUUUGGCACUGAUGUGAUGAGUGGUCAUGGUACUAUACCUAUUGGUGAUAAGCUAUCGGCUAGUGUGUCCGGUGUGAAAGUGCAGUAUAGUCGACUGUUUUCUUGUGGAGCCGUACAAAUCGAAGUACGUUUUGUUUUCUUUAUAAUUUGCUUUUCUUACAUACUGUUCAUUUUAAGGUAUGUGCCCAAAAUAGGAGAUGUUGUAGUUGGACGUAUCGCAAGUAUUCAGAGAGCUCGGUGGAAGGUAGAUGUAAACUAUAGAAUGGCUGCAAUCCUGCAUCUCAACAAUGUCAACCUUCCUGGUGGAGAGCUCCGACGCAAAGGCUUAGAGGAUGAAGUUGCUAUGUCGAAGCACCUGGUGGUCGGAGACAUGGUAAGCGCAGAGGUCCAACAGAUACGAAUGCGCGGACAGUUACAGCUUCAUACGAGGAAUUUGAAAUAUGGGAAGCUCGGUCAAGGAGUCAUGGUUAAGGUCCCUCCGAGUUUGGUGAAGCCACAAAAGGAAUACAUGCAUGAAAUAUACGGUGUCGGUGUAAUAAUUGGAUGUAAUGGUAUAAUAUGGAUUUCUCCCGCUCUAAACACUGAUCCAGACGGUGGCUAUAACACAGAUUUCACUUCGGUGAAGGAGUUGGCACAUCCUGAGAUUUCAUCGGUUCUCGUGCCAAGGAUAACGGAUAUGAUAAAGGCGGAAGAGAAGCGGCGCGCCUUAGAGAAAGAUCGGGAGGAAGCUGCCAGAAAACGGCGAGCUUUGUAG